AUGAUUCCUGAUGAAGAGAGGAUAUCUGAUUGGGAUUACACAGACAAUGAAGCUGAGCCCGAUCAACCAGAAGAGGAGGAGAAGGAGUUCACCAUCAUUGGAGAACCUGAAUAUGUGAACACUGACAAGAUAGCAGUUACAAGUUCGUGGGUCGAGAAUGCCAACGUAUUUCCAGCUGAGUUAAGAGAGGAGAACUUGAGUGGAAUCGAUGAGGUUGAUGAAAUACCCAAACGAUUCGUUAAGAAGUUGAAAGAACAUUUUCAAAAGCUAUUCCCAGUCCAGAAAUCUGUUCUACCCAUUCUACUGAAAGAGAUACGUGAACCUUCCUUAAUGAGACGGCGAGAUGUUACUAUUGCUGCUCCCACUGGUUCUGGUAAAACUCUUUGUUAUGUUCUUCCAACUCUAGUAGCGAUUGGAAAACAUCCAGCAGGAGUGAUUUCUACUCUUAUUGUGGUCCCAGUUCAAGCUCUUGUUAAACAGAUAGAAUGUGAAUACCAGAAGUUCAACGUGUACGAUGCCAAGAUAAUCACACUGACCGGAACAGAUAAAACAAAAGAUUUACGAAAAUCUCUCAGUGAAAACAACAAACUCAAAUGUGAUAUCUUGAUAACAACACCAAAUAGAUUGGUAGAUUUCUUGACUGAAGAACACAAUCCUUUUGAUCUCUCCGCUCUGAGGUACUUAGUCGUGGAUGAAGCUGAUAAAAUGGGUAUGAAAGUUCGCCUAGAAUGGCUUGACUUGGUCGAGAAACGAUAUGGAGGUACAAAGAAUGCUUGCAACGUCUCCGAUUGGAUAGCAUCAAGAUGUGCCGCACAGAAAAUCCUUCUGUCCGCAACAAUCUCAAGAGACGUCGAAGAAUUGUUCCUAUGGAACUUACAUAGACCUUCUCUUUUCAAAGCUACAAGUUCUAGUAGCGUUGAAGUUAAACUGCCAAAUGCUAAUCAUAUCACUGGAGGCGUUCUUGCUCUUCCAAGUUCCAUUAAACACACCUUCCUUUCAACAGAACCUCAUCUAUUCCCUCUUGUCGUUUAUAACGAGAUCAUUCAGGCGAAGUUCAAGAAAGUCAUCAUCUUCACAAAAGAAAAAGAAUCAGCUUCUCGGUUAUCCCGAUUCCUUAAUCAUCUGAGUAAAGGUACAUUCCACACCGGAAACUUAACGUCCAACGUAUUCGCAAACAGAUUAACUAAAAUCAUUGAAGAUUUCGAAAUAGGAAAGUCACGCGUGCUGAUCUGCACAGAUGUUCUUGCUAGAGGUAUUGAUAUCAGUAGCAUUGAUUGUGUUAUAAACUAUGAUCUACCAUUGGAGGAUAGGCUAUUCGUUCACAGAGCUGGUCGAACAGGAAGAGCUGGAUCUAGUGGAAGUGUUAUCAGCAUAGGAUUCACAGACACCGAGCGUCGGUUCUUGCAUAUGUUGAAGAAAAUGAAACUGUACGAUGGUAUGAACUAUAGAAAGGUGACGGACGACGACUUGGCAUCGUUGAAGCCCGCUUAUGAAGAAGCUUUGUCACAACUUCAGCAUGAAAUGAUGAAGAAAGGAGUCAUCACUAUUAAGAAGCAGGUCAGUGGUCGCAAAUACCAACGUCGUCGUCGUUGGGAACCAGCAUCUAGGGAGAAGAAGAAGGUUCAGGCCGAAACUAUGGAGAAGUUGGCCCAUCUGCAUCAGUUACGAAAUAAGUAA